CAGAACCGGCUCUUCCCGCUGCGCUGCACCGUCCAAAAGUACAUGUGGGGCAAGUUUGGGUGCGACUCGCUCGUCGCGGCCAUCGCAAAGAACAACGACACCGACCUGACCGUGACCGUGCCGUACGCCGAGCUGUGGAUGGGCACCCACCCCUCGGGCCCGUCGAUGGUCAUGCUGCAGAAUGGGGACGGCGGCGGCGGCAGCAGUACCCGGCUGCCAUUCCUGUUUAAGGUUCUCUCGGUGCGGACGGCGCUGUCGAUCCAGGCGCACCCAAACAAGACGUUGGCGGCCAAGCUUCACCGCGAGAAGCCGCAGCACUACAAGGACGACAACCACAAGCCCGAGAUGACCAUCGCGGUCACGCCCUUCGAGGCGCUCUGCUCCUUCCAAAAGAUCAACUCCGUGCUCGAGAACUGCAGGGCGUGCCCAGAGCUGGUCGCCGUGGUCGGGAGGGAGGCUGUCGCCGCCCCGGCAGCUCUUCACACCUCCCGGCUGCGGGAGGCGGUGGUUGUGCCGGCGCUGAAGCGGGUCUUCACGCGGCUGAUGACGGCGGAGCAGGCGCGUGUGCACGAGCACGGCUGCCCGGGGGGGGGGAGGGGGGGGCGUGAACGGCGUCUGAUCACGCGCCGCGCGCGCGAGCAGGCGCUGGCACGAAUCCACGAGCAGUACCCGCACGACGUGGGCGUCUUCUGCGUGUACUUGCUCAACUACCUCGUGCUCGAGCCGUCUAGGAACUGUCUAGGAACUGCGCUCUUCCUCAACGCCAACGAGCCGCACGCCUACCUCUUCGGCGACUGCAUCGAGUGCAUGGCCGAGUCGGACAACGUGGUGCGCGCCGGCCUAACGCCAAAGUUCAAGGACGUGGACGUGCUCUGCGAGAUGCUCACCUACGACGACGGGCCUCCUUACAUGGUGCCCCCGCUGCUGAUCGACGGCGGCGCCGAGCGGUACAUCGCGCCGGUGCCCGAGUUCCUCGUGGACCGGGCGAUGGUGGAGGCGGGUGGCGCCGUCCUCCUGCCCGCGUCGCCCUUCGUCUCGAUCGUGGUGGUGGUGGAGGGGCGCGGGGAGCUC